UCCGCCUCACUACUAUUGUUUAUGCAUAAAUUAUAGAAGACCUGAACGUCUGGUCAAUUGUUUAAAUAAAUUACGUUUUUUUAAAAGGUUCUUUGUCCUUGGGUGCGUAUUUGCUUCGCUCAAAUAAAAAAGUAUCGCUAUCAGGGGGUAAUUCAAAACAUCCGUCGAAACCAAAACUAUCGACGGAAGACAGAAGUUCGGAUCUUAAGGCUCCAUUGUGAGGAUCGAGACGUAGGCGCACGGCUUGUAGGCUACGCGGGUCGUUUUUAAUAGAAGUACCUUUUUAAAAGUUGAAUACAUCGCUUUUAGUAAACCGACGAAGACAUGAAGUUAUCCUGUGCUCUGUUAUUGUUGACUUCAGCCGUCCUGGGAGUCAGACCCUCAUCUGCUCAACAGUAUUUUGAAGUGGGAACAACGCUCACCUUGGAGCCAGACGUUUCCGCUGUUAAAAAACCAAUCGACACCAUCAGGUGGAAGUACGGCACCGCCUUGGUGGUGGAUUGGGAUCCGAGCGGCCAUCCAUACUAUGGGUCAUUCAAAGGACGCACAACGUUGGAUCCACAAACCCUGCGGUUGGUCAUCAAUCAUUUGACCUUGGCUGAUAGCGGACAGUUCUCCGUGGAGACGAAUCUUGGAAGAGUCGGGACUCAUGAGGUUAAAGUCAUCAAGCCCCCUCCGAAGCCCCUUGUAAAUACAACAAAGAAUUCUGAGGGCGCUCAUGCUCUGAGGUGUACCGCGGACACCAAGGAUCUGGGACCGGUCUCCUACGAAUGGAAGAAAGACGAAUUGAAGGAAGGGAAUUGGGAGGAAGGGCCGUGGACCAAGGGGGAAGAGCUGAAGGGUAUGAACAGUUCUGAUACCCCUGAGAAGUUCUCCUGCAGGCUGACGACCCGCGUGAGGCCCGGUGAAGCCAGCGAUCCCGUUCGCAACCCAACAGAACUUCCUCCGAAGCCCCGUGUAAUGACAACGAAGAACUCUGCGGGCGUUUAUACUCUGAAGUGUACCGCGGACACCCAGGAUCUGGGACCGGUCUCCUACGAAUGGAAGGAAUACGGAAGGAAGGAAGGGAAUUGGACCAAGGGUGACCAGCUGAUGGUUAUGAGUCCUAAAACCUGUGAGGAGUUCUCCUGCAGGCUGAUCACCCUUCUGAGGACCAGCGAGGCCAGCGAUCCCGUGCCCAACCCACUCUGUGAACCACCAGGUUCUAUUUGGUGGAAGGUACUACUAGGCAUCACAGUCCCGCUUGUUGCAUGUGCAGCACUAAUCACUGUGGUCUAUAAGUGUCCAGAGCAUCCGAUUUCCAAACGUCUAAAGAAGUGGAUACCGGGGAACAAAGACGGUGCAAGCGAAGGACCAAAUGACAAAAUGGACACUGCAGGAGGUCAUGUUUAGGAGCGCAUAGCAAAGAAAAGGUUACAUUUAUCACCACUAGCUUGUUAUAGCACCGCUAACUAUAAAAUUAAUCAAUAAGUUAAUAACUAAUACUACAGGUGAGGCAAAAACACACUUUCUCGAAGGACACAACUCAGGCAACCUUCCCCAUGAUUAAUAGGUCAUCUGGUUGAAAGACCUAGAAACAUUAACCAAUGUUAAUCUUAUGGCCGUUUCGACCCAUUUGUAAAUGUUCAAGAAGAAUUCUAACAUGUCCACAAAGCCUCUUUUCUGAGCUCCAGCUCCUUCCUCCAAAUGUGAGAGCGUAGGCGGGCGGGCUGAACGAUUUGGGGAAAUAAUCAAAUGAUGUUCUAUAUUAUUCUCUAAACUAAAGCUAUGAAUCAUUCUAUAGUAUGACACAACACAACAUUGGAAGCAGUCAACAUCUAAACUGUUCUUUUGUUCAGGCCAGGCCUUUGUGUUGAGGUGAAUUGAUUUUAUAAUAACUUUAUUGAACUAUUGAAUUGUAAAAGAAAAGUAAAUACGAAUCUUACUGAUCUCCAGUCAGUAACUAUAGCAAAUCCCCAACAUUAUUAUAAUAAAUAUCCAAAAGAAUAAUAAUUGAAAAAGAAACGGUUACCGUACUUUUUUAAUUAAUUGCGAUCCAUUUAAGGCUGCAACAACGAAUGGAUAAAAUCGAUAAAAAUCGAUUACUAAAGACGUUGGCAACGAAUUUGGUGGGACUCUCUAAAUUGACGCCACUUCGCCCGGGGCGGGACUUUACGUCCUACGUCACUCGCUAUGGGUGUGCAUGUGUGCGCGUAGCCGUCACUCGCGAUGGGUGUGCAUGUGAGAAAGGUUUUGGCUUUUAGUGUCUAUGGGUUGGUAAUGACGGUUCUGAUGAUUUUUCUUACGGAAAAGUGGUCUAUUUCCAUAAUCUUUGUUCAGUGAACGCAUAAACCCGUUUGUUAGUUAGCAGUUAAACAAAAUGCGAUCUCUUUGUUUACAGUUACCAACGACCAAUGUUUAAGGACUGAUGAUAGGGGGUUCGAUUCCCUAGUGAUGCAAGGUUUUUUCUUUCAUUUUGGACUGCACACACAUCGCGAGGGACGGAUACUCGCACAAUGUACACACAUCACUGUCUUUACAAUUUCUAGGCAACCGAAGUUUAAAGAUUGCCAAGUGGUUAACUCUUGAAUCGCAUGUACUAAGACCUGAUGGGUUAGUGGUCAGAGAACAACUCAUUAACGCGGGGAUAAGGGGUUCGAUUCCUUAAUGAAGCUAGCUUUUUUCUUUCAUAUUGGACUGGAUGUUUGUAUGCUAUUUUGCGUAAAUUGUAGUUUAUGAUGAAGAAAUGUUACUGGGGUUAAGGUUAGGGUAACGGUAAGGGUAAGACACAAAGUGUUUUUGCAACACAAUAUUUCUUACAAUAACAAAGUCCAGAGUUUUGAUGACUCCAGUAGGAAACAUAAGAUACCUAGAGAAAUGUGUGAGUGCUCACAAAACAUAAACAAGUCAGCAGUGUGGUGCAGGGUGAUCAUUUCUGAUAUACAGUACAAAAGCUGAAACUAUUAGCCAGGAGUGGGAAAGAUGCAGACGCAGACGUGGGAAGCAAUAAGACACACCAACACACCUGUUGCAAAAUGGUUCAGAGUUUAAUAGAAAUAGUUAGGGUUAGCUGGUAUGGCGUUAUCUGGUAUGGCUAUAGUCUAAUGUUAGCUUAGUUCGUGUUGUUUCGUCAUGUUAAUCGCUAGUAAUAGUAAGUCAUUUGUAGAAAUAUAGCCUAUCAUCACAGACUGUAGGAAUGUCACCCACCCUCCAUCGCGUACGACACUGACGCUCGUAGUUGUCAGAUCGCUGAGACAAAC